AUGAUUCUCCUGUCAGCUGUGGCUCUGUGCUGUGUGUGCUCAGCUCUGGUUACCACAGCAGCAAAGCUCCAACAGCCCAGUUUAUCACUGACCAGAAGAGUUGGAGAAGAAGUCUCCAUCAGCUGUGGAGGCAUCGACCAGUGUGAUACAAAUCCUGUGCUCUGGUUCCAGAAAAAAGACGCUGUAACCUUCAGGGCGGUUCUGCAGAUCGACAGGAAAAACGGCAGCGUGUACAAACAUCAUCAGGCUGAUCCUGAUUUAUCAGCCGUGAUUAAACCAAACAGCUGUGAACUUCAGAUCCUAAAAGUUAAACCCUCUCAUUCAGCCACCUACUACUGCUCCUGUUGGGAGUGGAGCUCCGCACAUUCAGCGUUCUCCAGCAGAAGGGUUUUGGUAUUGGUGGUUUUCACUGUGAGGGAGUACUUCAUGAUAUUCGGCUCAGGUACCAGACUGUUUGUUUCAGAUGAUCAGGUGGUUAAGCCCGUGGUGAGGGUCUACCCUGCAGCAUCCAGAUCCCCGCCUGAGGAGAAGCGCUCCCUACUGUGCGUGUCCUCGGCCAUGUUUCCUCCUCUGGUCAGAUUCUCCUGGAGUAGACGACCAAAGAAGAGCGGACAUCCAGAGGAGCUGCUCUCUGCUGACGGACGGCAGCUGAAGCUCAGAGAGUCUGGAUGUACGGCCUCCAUCUUAGCGGUGGAUCAGAGAGAGAGCGACUCGUAUGAAUACAGCUGCUCCGUGCAGCACGAGGAGAAAAAAGUGAAGACUCUGGCUCCAACAGGGUUUUCUGUGCUUCCGGUUCCUCCAUCCUUGCCUCCACCGUCUGUGUCUGUGUACAAGCUGAGGCUGCUCCUACUGCUCUACACGCUGCUGAUAGUGAAGAGUCUGGUCUACUGCUGUGGACUCUUCCUGAUGACCGUCCUCAGGAACAAGAAACCGUCCACAGACAGCAGACAGGCCGGGUGACUGUAACCAUCAUCAGCUCAUCAAUUCAUUCAUCUGUUACUGAUCAUGUAGAAAUGUUAAAUGGAUCAUGUGUAGUUUCUCUAUUGAUGUUAAUAAUUUGAUAACAUUCGGAUUGAUAUAUAUUCAUUAUUAAGUACUGUUAUUAUGAUCUUCUGUUCCUUUAAACAAAGCUAUCAUUAAAGGCUUUUAACACAUUACAAAGAAAAGUGUACAGGAAGAUAUUAAAAUAAUAACAUAUUAAAAGAGGAUAAAAUAGGUCAAUAAAUAUGAGAAUAAUAAAUAAAUUUGAUAAGAAGUUAUUGUGUGUAUUUUCCAGCAGGUUGUUCCUCUUCAACAGUGUUGAUGUAAAGUUGUACGCCGAUGAUUCUCUUGUGUAAAACUGUGAAAAUAAAAAUGUUACACAGCAGCGUUAUCCGAUAUGAAUGCUUAAAUGCUCGGAAUAAUAUCUUGUCUUUCUCUUACUUUAUUUAAUUUUAUGGACCAUGUUUGCUUUGGUUUCAGGUGUGAUGUACAAUGCACUGCUUUUCUGCUUUUAUUGAAACCACAUGUUAGUAUUUCUAAACAGAGACAUGAACUGCAACACAGAGAUAUUUUGAAAAUGUAAUAUUAGGAAGUAACAUACCAGUACUUAGGACUUGAAUUUCUAAAUUGAUGUUAAAAAAAAUUGAGAAAAUGAAAUGGUGAAAAUAUAUAUAAAUGAUGUUAAAUGCAUGUUUAUGUGUCAUCCUUUCAGAAUAAAAGUAUGUUGUAAGGUUAAUUAGGGUAAUAAUAAAAUAAGUGUGAUUUCGUAACUUCUACCAGUUAUUUAAUAUUGGAUAAUCUGAUAGAGGUGCAUAUGUUUAUUAUUGUUUUUGAUUCUGUUUUUUUCUGUGCUAACUUUUUUUAUCUAAUGUGUUCUGUUGAUGUGUUCAA